UAGCCCAUAUGCCGCGGUUAAUCACCCAAUUCUAAUUGACCGAGCCUCAAAACUGACUCUAUUGCUGCGUUGGAAAUGACACAUUUGCAUCCAAUGUUGGCUAUGAAAACUUUACGGAAUAAACACAUUUACAAAUAAAAAGAGAUGCAUGAUGUUUGGAAGAUAUAAAACUUCACGCAAAAUUAAACAGAACUACCUAAAAGCUGAGAGUGUUUUUGUGACGUCACUAUGAAGUUUAGUGAGCAAGUUACUAUGUUGCUGCUCUGUCUUGUUUCCGGUAUUAACACCACGUGGCAGGAAAGAGUGUGUGAAGGGAAAUAUAAAGGUAUCUCGUGCCUUGGGUCUUACCCGUGCAUGGAGGCGUUUCUAAGGUGUGACUGUAUACCACUUCAAUUCGCUGGUCAAAAAUUCGAAGAACUUUGCUGGACAUCUCUGGCAUAUGAAGUUGGUGCACCAACAUGUUGUUUAAAUGUGAAGAAAAGACAACAUCCUCUGUCUAAAAGAGUGCUGCAAAAUUCUAAACACAAUUUUGGAGAUUUCUUGACGUCCAUUAAUAGAAAUAAGCGAAACUAUAGUAACAGAUUAAAUACAAUACAUAAUAACGACAAUACAAAGAAAACAACGCAACAUAAGAAAGAAACUAUUAAAAUAAAUGAUGAUACAACUAAAGAGACUAAUUUAGUAUCAAUGCUUGGUGAGAGGAACACAAGACGCGCGUUCCUGAGAUCCAUUCAUGAUAUUGUCAAUGGGGAUUUAAAUGAUGACAUAGUACGGAAUGUCCCGCAUCAGAAACUUGUUACGGACAUUAUCGCUGCGUUUGUUCACUCUUGGACAAUGCCAAAUGAGUUCAAAACUGGAAAUAAAUACAUAAAUUCUGGUCAUGUAUCUGGAUUUAAUAAUUUAGAUAUGGAGGACACAGUUCUGAAAUCAAAUGGUGUUGAAAAUGACGUUGAAAGUCCAAAUUCUAUGUUAACAACCGAAAACCCCAAGUAUUUCAACGCGGUACCAAAACCAUUUACUGGUGACUAUCACCUGUAUAAUCACCGCGAAGAAGAUUCUGAAAAUAAAAUUCCAAGGGUAUUACAGCUGCCGUGUUAUAAGAAUAAAGGUGAUACAAAACUGAAUUCUUGGUCAAAGCCUAGAAUAAAAAGAACACGAGAACAUGCAAAUUUCAUGCAAAGUAAAAUAUUGGAAGCAUUGAAUGGUUUCUAAAAGAAAUAAAUAAUGUUGAAUUUCAUGUAAUUUUUCGUGAGUUCUUUCUCCAAAAUUUUAACUUUUUAAGAAAAAGUGAGGAAAU